AUGGCGGACGAAGCCACCUACCGAGCAGGGACGCAGAUUGACAAUUGGGUGGUCACAACUGGGCUCGCGUCAUGUAUGGGGCGCACGAGCACAAUGCCGGGGGUGUGCGGUGACGACCACAGGGCGGUGGCGGUGGAAUUCUUUGGAGGAGUGGGUGGUGUGGGAGGGCCUCGCGAGUUUCGGGAGCGGGGGGUGAGCACAUUCAUGGAUCGGGAGGUGGAGGAGAAAUUCACAAAGACGGUACAGGAGGUGUUCGAUGACGAGGUGGAGGCCGAUGCGGAGAAGGAGCUGAGCGCCUCAGAACGGCUCGAGAGGCUGACGAGGGUGCUCACGCGACACGCUAGGGCGGUGGUCGCGACCAGGAGGGCAAAGGGCGAUGACGAAGCGGGCGGAGAGGAGCGGCCCGCGGGAGGCGGGGAGGCAAGCGAGGGGGCGGGUGGCCGAGGGCCGCCACCUAAGUCCAAGAGAGAGAGGCUGCGAUGGAAAGUGGCGAAGUGGUUCAGGAUACGGCACGAGGUCAAGAAAUGGAGCGGCACAAUGAGCGACGGAUAUAGGAGGGAAUGGGAGGGAGAGGGCUUUUGGAGGGAGCCAAACCUGGCGCAGCUCUGGAAGGCCCUCGAGGCUCAGCCGCAGCUGGCGAAUAGAGAAAGGCGCGCGAGGGCAUUGGCGGAGGUUGCGACAGAGAAUAGCGGCAACAAUGCCAGGAGAGUCUUCGAGAUUCUGAACAAGGAGAUGGGCAGAAGAGCGGGCGGGGGGGAGCUGGUUGCGAUGUAUGAGGGAGUCCGCGACGCCGCGGCGAGGAGGGGGAAGGAGAUCAACGCGCGGAGGGAGGCGGACAUGGUGGCGGUCGAGGCGCUCCUAGCAAUGACAAAACCAGCCAGGGCGGAGGCCCAGCCCCCGGGGGUGGAGGGGACAGGACGGCUCGUGGCUAACGCGUUGACGUGGUCGGCGUGCGAGGCGGCGAUCAGGAAAUUCAAGAAAGGAAAGGCCAUAGGCAGCGACAAACUAGACGGGUACCUGAUCCGACUUUCGCCGAGGGGAGUGCAGAGGGAGUACUGGAGGCUGCUGCAGGAGAUUGUGCGGGAGGAGCAGUAUCCCAAAGUGUGGAACGACUGGAUUGCUAUGAUGGCAAUGAAGCCGGGGGAGGAUCCGAAGGAGCUCGAGAGGAGGCGGGACCUUUGGAGCGGCUUCACCAAGGGGAUGAAUGCACCUGCGCAGACGCUAACGGCAAGGCUGCACGCGGAGGAGUGCAUGAUAGAAAGGAAGAUGUGUGUGAGAGGAUACAUAGACUUAGGCACGUACUUCAUGAGCGUCGUGAAUGAGGUGCAAUGGAGAGUGGAGGAGUGGGCCGGUGUGCCAGCAGACGUCACGAGAGUGCUAAAGGCACUGAGGGAAGGGCUCGGCGACCUGCCAGGGCUAACAGGCAGAUAUGAGACGGGCUAUGGGCUCAGCCCGAGGUUUGAUAUUGAACAGGGAUUAGGCCAGGGCUGCCUGCUCUCGCCUACACGGAGUAAGCUCAUGCUCGCGGUGAUGCAGCGAGCAGUGAGCAAAUUAUGCCAGGAGGCCGAGAGCUGCUGA